AUGGAUGCACGCCCAGAUCUUGUAGUUCAUCGUGGUGCUGAUGCUGUGCCAGAAUACCACAACUACUGUCUUUUUCCCGGUAUGUACCCCACCUUAUAUCCCUAUGGUGUUGGAGGCUUUGAGGACCCCACCUGUCCUACUGCACUGUCAUUCGAGCAUCAGGCAAAAUACUACCUCUCCAUAAGCGAUCGAAGCUUUCAUUACCACUACUCCUUCAUCUUUGUUGUACUGAAUAUUUUACAGCAACGCCAAGCACAUCUGCAUACACAUUUCACGGUAAAGAAGUCCAGCUUUGACUCAGAUGCUCGUCAAUUGACCAGUGUAUCUCCGCAGGUGCUCCAGCAUCUUUCUGUCCAGCUCGAAUGUGAGAGCAAGCUGUCGAACCUCUCUCCAGAAGAGCAGAGUGCAUUGAAGCUUCUGCGACAAGUGAACAUGUUGUCUGCUCGCAUACCUGGCUCUCAAGUGUCCAAGAUUUUCAUGCACAACAAGAUUCGUAACUACUAUGGGUACUUCGGGCUCCCCCACAUCUUCUUCACUUUUAAUCCAAGCGCUGCUCACAGUUUUAUAUUCCAGGUUAUGUUUGGAGACACGACAGUGGACCUUUCACAACGCCUUCCGCAUAUUCCAGAAGGGUGGCUGCAUGCAAUUCGCUUGGCAAAAGACCCUGUUGCUGCUGCUGAGUUCUUUGAAUUCUUAUUCCAAUGUCUUUUCCGUUACUUGUUCGGUUGGGACUUCAAUAAGGGACAGUCUACUGCGGAGGGUGGAAUUCUUGGCCAUAUUCAAGCAUUUUAUGGUACAACCGAA